GUUUCAGAUUCAGUUUUCUCCAUGUCCGUGGAUAUUGCAAGCAACUACGAAUGUCCUUUCUGGCAGCAGGAUGUGGACAGUUUGGCUAGGGUGUCAAGGACAAGUUUUCCCUUAUGGUGGAACGUAUUGGGUAUUCAAGGAGCCUUACUUAGCCUCUUUGUGGAGCCAAUUUACUUCUCUAGCAUCAUCUUGGGGAGUUUAUAUCAUGGGGAUCAUCUAUCCAGAGCCGUAUACCAGAGGAUAGCAGAGAUAGAAGAUCUACCACCUCUUUAUACACUCAACAGACCUUUACUUAGUGGUAUUAGCAAUGCAGAAGCCCGUCAACCAGGGAAGGCACCAAACUUCAGCGUGAACUGGACAGUAGGAGAUACUGGUCUUGAAGUUAUUAAUGCUACAACCGGCAAAGAUGAAAUGGGUCGUGCAUCUCGCCUUUGUAAGCAUGCUUUUUACAGCCGCUGGAUGCGUAUUCAUUCAAAGCUUUCCUCCAGCUUGCGCUCAAAGAUCCUCAAGCCAAACCUGUACCAUGAAACCAAGCAAGGAGCCACUGAGUAUCAAACUGCCAAAGAGUGUUUGUUUAAAGCAUUCCUGAAGGCAGGACUUGGAGCCUGGGUGGAGAAACCCAUAGAACAGGAUCAGUUUUCUCUCACGGUCUGAUUCACAGACGGCACAUCACUUUGGAAAGGGGGUUGUUCUGGAAAUUCCUAGUGUCCAGCUUUGCUUUCUGGCAUCUUUCUGUUUAGAGUUGGGUUUUUUCCUUUGUUUUUUUUGAAACGUCAUAGUAACUGUUUCUGUUUUGCCCAAGUAUUGAAACUCAAUGAUGAUCUGACACACAAUUGUAUAUUUUGUUAUGGGAAAGUAAUUUCUAGUGUGUUUCUAGAAAUACUUUUACUAUAGAAAACUUGCAGUAAGGCUGUCCUUACAGUAUACAAUGACUCAUUUUUUCUGGGUUAAAAUUAUUUCUUUUUUUAAUUCAGUGUCAUCAAGUGCAUGAAGAAAUGACAAGUUUCUCUAGGUUUUACACCACACUUUUAGAAAGUAGCUUAAUUUUUUUAAAAGAAAAUAGGUGAUGAAGCUGAUUCUACUCCUCUGUUAACUUGUUUUUGAACUGCAGAUAUUUCUAGCAUAUAGACCACUGAGCCAGAAUGGAGUCUGGACAGCUAGUUUUUCCCCACUUCCUUGCUCUUUAAAACCAGCUGCUGAAAAUUUCAUGUCUUUGAUGUAUGUAUUUAUUAGUCUGUGACCCAGUUUUUAACAUGCAGCUUUUUAUUCUGUUUUUAAAAAUACAUUUACCUCCCAUUUA